AUGACUGUCUCCAGAACAGGUCGAAUACUCGUUUGUCUCCUUGUCUUUGUGAUGGCUGUAGCAGAGGUGCAGGAAAACAUCUCACCUGAGUGUAAACAGUUCCUCUACAUGGGCACACCACCUAAAGGACUGGAAGAAAAGCCCCUGAAGAAGAUCUGUCAGUUCUACGCGGGCAGACCACGAUUUUUUACCCUGUAUGACAUCUACAGUCACAUUCCUGUUUACUCUGCGUACACCUUCAAACGCUCAGAUGGCUCCAAGAAGGUUGAUGUGCCCUGGAUGUACGAGCCUCAGGUAAGGGUGCAAACAACAUUUCUUUAGCUUUAUUAUGAAUGUGUGUUUUCUCUAACACUGUGAUUCUGUUCCCCUGACAGCUCUCUACAGUAUCAGGCCCCAGAGAGAUGCAGCAGCUCCCUUCAGAAGACCUGCACAAGAGUUUUGAGGAUGCUCAGGCUGUGCUCGAAGACUACUCCAACAGUGUCAUCUUUGAGCGGGGUCAGCUCAAUCCAGACGAGCACCAGGCCCUUCCCGAUGACAAAGCUGCCACCUACACUCUGACAAACGUGGUCCCUCAGGUCAGAGAGUUCAACAUCGGCCCCUGGAAAAAACACGAACACACCAUCCGCAGGCGACUCAACAACUACUGCCGAGGAACAGCCUACGUGGUCACAGGGGUCACCACCUCGGGGCACACUAUUCGUCGCCACAACAUGGAUCGUCUAGGCAUCCCCACAUACCUCUGGUCAGCUUACUGCUGUGUCGAUUUUGACCACAAUGCGCCGUACUCGGAGCGCUCAAAGUUUCCAGCGUUUGCAGCACAUGGGCUCAACGACAGGGAGAAUAAUAAGGUGCAGGAGAUGACGGUGCAGCAGCUUGAGGAUUUUCUGAAGAAGGUGACAUACGUCGACAGCUCGUUCCAGGUUUUUUACGACAACUGUGUACCUCCUGGUAGUCCUAACAGUGCCCUGCACCCAUCAUAA